AUGUUCGACUUUUACCUGCCGCCGGAAUCGCCUUUGCGUCGUCCCUCCAAGUCUUUACUUGUGGAACAGAGUCUUGCCGCUAUCAAGGCCUCGGGGUCAUCAACCGCCGACUCUUCUCAACCUGUAGCUCCUUCAACGAAUAUUGAAGAGGUACGCGAUCGUACUCCUUUAUUCUUUCCUGGCACCGACGAUGAGCAGGAUACGACUGUCCCUAAGGCCAGAACUCCGCCGGCGCCUCCUGAAGACGAGGUUAUGGACGUCGACUCGCCUCCUCCAACUCGUCGUAUUGUCAAGACCUUAAAACCGGCGCCCAAUCCUGUCUUCGAGGACUCGGUCCCUGAUAACGAUGAUACGAUCGUUAUUGAUUCACCAAGGAGCAAGGACAACAAACCUCGACCGCGACCAAUUACCAAGACAGUCCCAGAAAUGCCAGAUGCUCAUCGUGGCCGUGGACGAGGCAAGGGAGAACCUCCCCAUCCUUCUAGAGGAAUCUCUGGAGGAGGGUUUGGCGAACGCGUUCCAGAGGGUAUGGAAGAAGUGCCCAAUCCUCGUUCUGCGUUGGGGGUGCUCGUUCUUUCCAAGGACUUUGGCAAAUAUGUCGAGGUUGACGGACGACUUUGGGCUGCAGAUAUUGCUCCCUUCGUUGUAGAGGAGUAUUCGUACCCUUGCGACCAGUGCAAGAAAGCUGGGACGCAUUGCCGGGCCCUGCAGCGAUCGGGGUGCAUCUGUGCGCGCUGCGUUUAUACCAAGGGACUUUGUACGUUCAACGGCAAGAAAUUGCUGCGCCCUCGUAUCCCGUAUCGUCCGGAUGCUGAGCAAUACGAUGCCAUUGUUGGCGCUCGCAAUCUCAUCAAUCAGCACAUGGACGCUAUCUCUCGCAUUAUCCGCGACAUCUUCCUGGCCUCAAAUUUGCAGGAGCAUGUGUCUGGCCUUUGGGACUGCGUCAAUUCGUUAUGGGGUGUUGAAGCUCUGGCUAAGGUCAUGGAUGGGGUCGAAGGGGGUGAAACGUCGGGCAUCGAGGAGGUUGAAGAGAACGAGGCUGGCCCUUCUACGGUUUAAUCACAAGUUGAUUAUGCCCGCGCGUAGGAGUACAGGGUCUUGCCACUCUUCUGUUUCGAGUCUGUGGCUUUGGCGUAGGGAUUUCUUGGGAGCUUGACUCCGUAUUAUAUUUUGAAUGGACUUGAAUAUCGCGCGCCCUUAGGGGCAAAAUGUUAUAUCGUAGCUUGCAUGUACUCGUCCCAAGGACGUUAAACAAAAUAAAUAGUC